AUGUCAACAAGAACUGAAAGAGCAUGUAUGCUCUGUGGCAUAAUCCAGCCUUAUAGAAAAUUCGUUGAUCUUGGGUGUCCAAAUUGUGAGAGUGUUUUACAUUUUCAAGAUAAUGAAGAAGGACAAGUUCAAGAUUGUACAUCGCCAUCUUUUGAAGGAUUGGUAGCUCUAGGUACUGAUAAUAAGAAAUCGUGGGUUGCCAGAUGGCUCAGAAUUGACUCGUUUGUUCCCGGUCUUUAUGCUGUGAAGAUAAAUGGAAAGUUACCCCCGCAUAUUGUUAGUGAGUUGGCUGACCAGAACGUAGGAUAUAGGCCAAGAGACGGAAGUGCUGAAGACUGA